ACGCAUUUCAAUGUCGUCGUUAAUAACUUGUCUAUAAAUAUAGGCCUUUCAAAGUGCUCGCUAUUAAUAAGUAUUUUGAAUAAUGGAUAUUAAGAAAAACUGUGUGUUAGCAGUGAAAGCCGAGCCGGCGCGGGCUGCCCUACGAGCGCGAGUGCUUGCGACCCGGGGGCCUACUAUAAUCUCGUAUUGGAAGUGAAAGAGCAAGACGGCGCAAUGCCUCGAAUAUAGCGCCAUCCCGCUUCCACAACGACAGUAGUAUUACUUAACGUGGUGGUGGUAGGGGUGUCCGCAGGCUGAUAACCGAGCCACUAGCGAGUACCCACCGACUCGAAAGUGAUUUAGAUAUAUAAGUUUGUGAUAGCGUGCCCUAGGACUAACUGGAAUUCUGCGAGUUUUUUAAUGCGAGACGCGCAAGUGACCGAUUUUCUCUUUUAUAGGUUGGCUUGGAUAAUUAUUUUUGUUGGCUAGGUAGGAUAUUUGGUUUCGUAAAAUGAAUUAUGUCCUCUUUAAAGAUAGAACGAUGUUUUUUCAAGCGUAUGUCUCGGAUCUAUAUUAUGGUCGCUUUAAACAAUAUGCGCAAAAAAUAUAUAAAUAUGUGCUAUUUAUUACUUCAGUAAUGAUUAAAACAGAGGAAUAACAAGCUGGUCUCCGACCUCUUUAGACACUACCGAAAAAUAUUAUAUUUUAGUUUAGUAGCUUAUCAAUAGUAGUAGUAGUAACAAGUACUCACAUUUAGAAAUCAUCACAUCCACAACAAACGAAGCGUACAUUGGGAAACCGAAGGCGAACCCUCGUUAUCAGUAGCGCAAGAACCUAAUCACUUUCAUUGCAACCCCGGCAAGGAGGUCGCGGCGCGCUAUCACGCAGUUCGUCGCGCGCAGUGGGUGCGCGCAGGCGUGCGCCAUGAGUACCUCGCGUCGGUGCCGAGACGCGCCCGCGACGUGACGGCAAGCGGACAGGCACGAGACAGCCCGGGGAGCCGGGCAUGGAGGCCUGCGCGAUCACGCGCGCUGAGGACCAAGUGGGCGACCAGAUAGUCCCGGGCGGCGGUCGCUGGGCAGCUCCACACGCCGGCGGCCUCCUCGACUCCUGGUUUCAGAUGCAGACAUCUGAGCUAGAGUCACUGCUUUGCAAGCAGGAGGGCGCCUCACUCGCGCCCGCCCACAUGGACCUAUUCGAUAGCGGAACUUCUUCACGCGACGAUGCAUUCCUCCGGCCCGCACUAUGGGAGGACAUCGCUUCCUCCAUCAGGAACAUCGACCCCGAGAAUGCCAACAUGCUGGCGCCGCUGGGCUCCACGCACGUCAAGCUGGAAGCGGACGAGGCGCUGCUGGAGGAGUGCGCGACGCCGCUGCUCAGCCCCCUCGAGAUCAAGACGGAGAGGCUGUGCGCGCCUCCGACGUACGCGCACCCGCAGCCGCCCCCGCACCAGCCGCCGCACCAGCCCAACACCUCGUUCGCCAAGUACCCCCCCUCGCGGCUCGUGUACAUGUCCCCGCUGACGCCGCCCAGCUCCGAGCAGGGCAGCCCCGGGAACACCAUGCAGGGCGCGGGCCGGCGGACGCCGCCGCCGCCGUACCACCCUCCGCCGCUGCUGCGAGCGCCGCACCUGCCGCCGCAUCCCGCGCCGCAUCCACAUCAUCAUCCACAGCAGUACACCUCCCUGCAGGCGAUGUCGCAGCCGAUGCCGGUGCCGGCCGCGCCGCAGCCGCCGCCGCAGGUGCACCACGCCCCGCUGCCGCACUCGCGGCUUGCACCCCCGCCCCAAGUCAAGUACAACAGGCGGAACAACCCCGAACUGGAGAAACGGAGAGUGCAUCACUGUGACUUCAUAGGCUGUACCAAGGUCUACACGAAGAGUUCGCAUCUAAAAGCUCAUCAGCGAAUACACACAGGAGAAAAGCCGUACACAUGUCAGUGGCCGGAGUGUGAGUGGCGGUUCGCGCGCUCGGACGAGCUUACGCGCCAUUACCGCAAGCACACCGGCGCCAAGCCGUUCAAGUGCGCGGUGUGCGAGCGGUCGUUCGCGCGCUCCGACCACCUCGCCCUGCACAUGAAGAGGCACCUGCCGAAGACGUCUAAAUGACACGCGAGGAGGGGCGGUGACCAACCGCCCGCUUGUCAGAACACUCAGGAGGAAUGCAGUGAGAGCAUCUUCCUGGAGUGCGACCUGGACACGACCCUGAUGGACACGUUCUACGGCGUACUGUGACCGAGCACAAGGACAGCGAGCCUCCCAGUGCUGACAAGGAUGCUUAUUGUAUAUUUUGUAAAAGCGAAGCUGAAGACACACCACAAAACAAACAGUUUCUCGCCCUUCGAGUGUUUCCAACGACAAAGGGCAAGCAAGUUUCUAGUGAACUUCAUACUAUACAAAAAUCUCAAAAUAUUACAGAUAUUUAUCAAGAUAUGUAUCUACCAGGUACAUAACGUGAGCAAGUAUUCGUGUACACACCUUAGUAAACCAUCAGUUAACCAUGAACUAUAUGAUUCUCACUAAUAAAGUCAUAAUAUGUACAACACAACAGCAUUACCAAGGAAAUCGCUUUACAUAAUAUAUACCUUUAAAUUGUAUAUGACUCGAUUAGUCAUUUAUACAGAUCCCAAAACACCCGUAUUUUAUUUAUAGAUAACUAUAUGAUGUAAAUUAAAAAUGACAAAUAUUUUAAUGGAACGGGUUUUGCGGCACUGUUGCUCAUUGCUCUAAGUUACAUAAGUUAGGUUUUUAACGAAUCGUACUUUGAAAGGGAAAUGCAUGGCAAUGUGUUUGUUUGGACAAUUGACGCUGCAUAAACUGACCUCACCGGAUAUCAUCUCGAACUGAUAAAUUUGAAUUGGCUCCGAGCCCGAGUUUUUCAUCGUCGACUUUAUUAACAUUCAUCAAACUUUCAGCGCUGCCAUGACCAGUGAUUAACUUACAUACCUGCUCUAUAUAGUUACCUGGUAGCCUUUCUGUGCACCUGUGGAGAUCCUCAUGGUCUUUAUGAACUUGGUGUGUCUUACCAGCUCUUACCACCGGGAUGCUUCUCCGUUCCCUGUAGUCAGGGAUCCAACGGGAACGCUUUCACAGACUACCGCGAAAGUUGACUAGUGGCCUACGAUAACCGCUCAAGGAAAGACAGAUGUAGUUGUGGAAGCGGGACACCGCUCUACCUUUAAGUGCGCUAUCUCUUUCACACAACUCCACCCGUCUUACUUUGACGGUAGACCUCUUAGUCUGACUACAACUGAUGAAUGAUGAUGAAGUACGUAAAUGAUUCCUAAAAAAUUGCUCACUACAACAGCAAUGGUGUCGCUUAAAAACCUCGUGAAUUAAAAGCUCUAAGUAUUCAUUAGAUAUGAUUAGUUAAUUUAUCGUAAGUUAAUUAAUAAGAGAGCAAGGAAUAUCCAAGAUAUUAUCUUUUAAUAUUAUUUUUGCCUAAAUAUCAGUAAGUAGAUAUAUGUUAGUCUUAUAGUACGGACGCUGUUUCAAUAGUACGACCUAAACUUUUGAAUUUGACACUUGUCAAGUUAACUUUCUGUUAAAUGAUCCAAAAUUUUCUAGACAGGCUUACCUACAUCGACAGAAAAUAAUAGACUAUUAUUUGUCUUUAUUACGAAAACGAAAUUAAUAUCGACAUUUUUGAAAUUCAUUUCACAAAUAUUUAGUGCAGGUUUAACAAAAGCUCCAAGAGGAAGUGCCUUUUUUUAAAUAUGCAUUACGUAAGACUUUAGGAUCGUACUGUUGAAACGUUCAAAUUUUACACUUUCUAGUCUCGAUUUAUUAAAGGUUUUUCCACAUUGUCUUAUCACUAACAGAUUACCUUCGUAACAAUUGUUCAGUAACAUGUUUUAUCGUGCAUAUUUUAUAUUUGAUAAUAUAUAUUUAUUGUACUUAAAGGUUAUAAUAUUAUAGUGAAUUAAUAACGUAGGGCCUAAUGUAUAACUUAAAUCUUACGAAGUGCUUUAGGCGACUUAGUGGGGAGUGUGUCAUCAGCCUUAUUGCCUCCGUCCAGUACAUCCUAAUAGACUGCAAACACCGACGGUUUAUACAUUUUACCUUUUAUAACUAAAUCUUCUAAUAUUUGCUACAAUGCAAUUGCCAUCUUGAAUAGUCAUUAGAGUUUUGUGCUACUGUAAGUUAUGCUUACUUUGUCGUACUUAAAUUUUCAAAAUGUAGAACGUAAUUAAUAUUAGCGCCUUACUUUUGCAGUAAUAAAGUUUCGUUUAAUAUGCUUCUUGCCGCUGUUGUAUUUCUAUUUACUGUAACCAAGCUUGUAAAUAGAGAUUUUACCUUGGAAGAAUUAAGUCACACACGACAGGGGUUGAAAUUAACUUAUAAUACAUUAUAUUAUCAGCACCACUAGCUGAAUGACAUUCCACCAUCGUUAACGUCAAAAAGUAACUCCCAAAUGUAUGGAAAUGACAUUUCGUUUUACAGGUCACGUGACUUGUCUGUCAACUCCAUACAUUUGAGUGUUUGUUAUUGACAUUAAGGUUGUAUCAAACAUGAAUGUUGAUCGACUAUCCUGCGUUUUAAAACAGACUCAAGACAAAUUUAAAAUUAGUUGUGUGCUUGGAUAACAAUAAACAUAAAGAAUGUACUUACAGAUUUCAUAAACAAAAACAGAAUUAUGGUGGUACCUAAAUACGUUUGACAAAAUAACUAUUGCUACAAGUACUCUCUAUAGAACUAUAGAAAUAAAAAUAUAAAACCCUAAUCCAAUAAUAUUGGAUAAUGUACCAUAUGUAGUAGAGUAACUUUCGAUGCUAUUAAAACAGGACACCGACAACUCUGACCAUAUUCAUGAACCCAUAAACAUUAAAGUGUAAUAUUCACACAUAUUUUAAUGCACUGUAAUCUUGCCACUAUUUCUUGCAUUUAAUUUUAUGUACCUACUAUAAAACUAAGCUCUAUAAAAGAUAACGGAACCAAAAGGUAUAUUUUGUGCUAUAUUAUAACUCUACAUUAUUCUUGUAAACGCAAUUGUGUUUAGGGUAGAGGCAAACUGAUUUACCGUAUGAAAUGUAUUGGGUCGUCUUGGGGCCUAAAAACGCCUUCGAAAUUAAUACUGCUUCAUUUGUAGAAAAGAGAUGGCACUCUACAUCGCGUUAUGCCCUAUCUUGCUUUCACUUCAAGAAAUGGCGAUUAAGAUACUGUGCUCUUGAUGUUAUAUGAUUUAUCUUCAAUAGAAACACUAAUUAAACGUGAUUACGAGA